AUGACCGUUGCCCCGCUGCUCAACAGCGGACAUCGAGCUACAGCUUCCGAUAGGGGUUGGGAGAUGUUUGUUUCAACACGCCCGGCGCCGUGGCUAAUGCCCACCCCGUGGUUGACGAUCGUACUCAACUGGCGAUCUAAGGCUAUCGGUCUGCCGACUUGUUAUCUCUCUAUGGGACCUACUAGUGGUGGCGACAUCAUCCGAGAUGCCGCUUCUGAGGUCAUCGCGGCUAUCCUGGUUACCGCCUAUGACAAAAUACCCGCGUGA